AACCGAAGCAGGUGGUUUUCUUAGGGGGUCACUCCCCGAGCCUUCGACCUGAAGGUCUGUGUAAAAUGUAAUCGAUAGACGAACUCACCAAUAAUAAAGGGAAACGCCCACCACCACAGUAACUCCCUUUGACCUUGUACUACUGUAUCUCUUUAUUAACCAAUCACAAUUUGAUGUUCAUUGUAAAACAAUAUUUGCUUGUUGACUCGUUUUUCCUAUUCUCUGGCUACUGUUCGACUUUCAAGAUAACCAACAAAUGGAAGUGGAUAUUAAUGUUGAUGUCAGCAAUGUGACCUCUGGAACAGGCUCUGCAUCAGUGCUCUUACAUCCACUUGUUAUUUUAAAUAUAUCUGAACAUUGGACGCGUAACAAAGUGAAGGAAAACUCUAUAGCUGUUACAGUGUAUGGAGCUUUGCUCGGGAAACAAGAAGGUCACCAUGUUGAAAUAUCAAAUUCCUUUGAGUUAUUACUUGAUGAACCACACAUGUCAGUUAACUCUGAGUUUUACAGCACUCGUGAAUCUCAAUGCAAACAAGUUUAUCCAGAUUUAGACAUAGUUGGUUGGUAUACCACUGGUGGUGCUAUCAAUGAAAAAGAUGAGUUAUUCAACAGACAGAUGCUAGAACUUAAUGAAUCUCUCCUCAUAUUAAAAUUAGACCCUCUACAAACGUGUGGAGAGAACCUGCCAAUCGGGGUUUAUGAGUCAGUAGUGGAUAACGAUGGGAGAGUUCACUUUAGACAGGUACUAUAUACUUUAGCAACUGAUGAAGCAGAACGUAUUGGUAUCGAUUAUGUUGCACGUAUUUCAAUGUCAUCUACUGAUCAGACUUCAUCAAUGACUGCGGAACAUUUACUAGGAAAUUAUCAGGCCAUUCAAAUGUUAAGCAGUCGCCUUCAGCUAAUAAGAUCUUAUGUCGCAGCUGUUGCAGCAGGAGAAUUACCACCGAAUAGAGCACGACUGAGGGAGAUCAAUGCUUUAGUUAAACGAAUCCCUUUCAUGCCUCCUUCAGCAGCCGAACAAAAUGACAAUUUGUACCGUCAAGCCAAUGAUGUAUGUCUGACAGCAUUGCUUGCCAGCAUAACUCAAGGUUUACAUACACUCUACGGUUGUAUGAUCAAAACAUCUCACGUUAUAGAUCGCCGAUCUAUUCCUUUGAGUGUGGGAAGUGGAAUUAUGGACUCAGGUUCCAGUCGUUUUGCUAAAGUUUCCCACUCAAUGGGUAAUUCUAAUUGAGAAGGCAAAAUGUGUAUUUUGUGAAUAGAGUCAGCUUACGUUAUAUAAACCGAGAAUAUAUUUCUGUAGUUGUACAUAUCGACGUCACAAUUUUCUUCGAUUCACAAUACUCAAGAACCAUUUGGAUAAAAUCAUAUAUUUGAUUGUACGUUGGCUUGUAUAUAAUCAUAUACUGUACUGUGGUAACUUGAACAAUUCUAUGGCCUUUUUGUUUUUGAUUCUGAUACAUAAUCUUUGUCACAGCAGAAAUUCAUCGUCAAUUCACUAUUUUACCAACAAAUAAAGAUGAUGAAAACCAUAAAAUGCAAAUAUAGCUAGAAUUUAAUUCCAUGUCCU